GGUGGGGCUUCAGAGGAGGAACCAGACCGACCAGCCGGGCUUGAGGCUGUGGACCUGGGUGGGGCUUGAGAGGAGGAACCAGACCGACCAGCCUGAAGAUGAAUGAUGUUCCACAGUGUAGACGUAGUGUCGAUGUUAGCGUAUCCCUCUCCUAGCGGCCGGAUCCAUAGCAGGAGCCUACCGGGGCAGAAAGACCUUCAAUAAACUGGACCAUAUUAUUCGUCAGAUUUACACACUCAACAAUGCAAUUGACCGUGUGCGAGCCCGCUGGUACGUCCUCGGCUGCGGCCAUGGACCCCGCCCAGCAGGCCGGCCCCCAGCAGGCCGGCCCCCAGCAGGGCUCCUGUAAGGCCCCGGAGUCUGGGGCUUCUCUGGACGACCUCACAACAGACACCAACAAUGAAUCCUCCUCCGAGGAAUCGGCAGGAGACGGGGAAGAACAGAUCAGAGAUGGUAAAGACAUCGUCAUCACCACCUCCAACACAGAAAGAGCGACCACGCGGCGGCCGGACUCCCUCUCGGUGGUGGCGGCGGGAGGCUCCGCCCUCUGGACCUGCCAGCGUGACGGCGAGGUGACGCUGAGGACGGGCGAGUCCGGCAUGGCCGCCGAGACGCCGCUCACCGUCAACCAGAUGUUCGCCGCCUCCGUGGAGCGUUUCCCCGACCUCAUGGCGCUCAGCUGGAAGGAGGGCGAGCAGCGGCAGAGCCUCACCUGGAGGGGGUACUACCAGAGCUGCCGCACGGCCGCACGCGCCUUCCUCAAGCUUGGCCUGGAGCGUUACCACGGCGUUGGCAUCCUGGGCUUCAACUCCGCUGAGUGGUUCAUCGCUGACAUCGGGGCCAUUUUGGCAGGUGGCUUCGGCGUUGGCAUCUACACCACCAACUCGGCCGAGGCCUGCCAGUACGUGGCGGACAACUGCAAGGCCAACGUCAUCGUGGUGGAGAACAACAAACAGCUGCAGAAGAUCUUACAGGUCCAGGAUCAGCUGCCCCACCUUAAGGCCAUCGUCCAAUACAAAGACGAGCUCAAGGAGAAGAGGCCAAACGUGUACACGUGGGCAGAGUUCAUGGCCCUGGGCCGCGAUGAGCCCGACACUCUGCUAGACAGCAUCAUCUCCAGUCAGAAGCCCAACCAGUGCUGCACCCUCAUCUACACCUCGGGAACCACGGGCCAGCCCAAAGGAGUCAUGCUGAGCCACGAUAACCUCACCUGGACGGCGGGUGCCACCUGCCGCCACGUGGGCCUGACGGACGCCACCCGGUCCCAGGAGGUGGUGGUCAGCUACCUGCCCCUCAGCCACAUCGCCGCCCAGAUGGUGGACAUCUGGGUCACCAUGAAGGUGGGCGGGGCCACCUACUUCGCCCAGCCGGAUGCGCUGAAGGGCUCGCUGGUGCUCACCCUGAAGGAGGUGCGACCCACGGCCUUCAUGGGCGUGCCGCGCGUCUGGGAGAAGAUGCAGGAGAAGAUGAAGUCGGUCGGGGCCAAGUCGUCCACCCUGACGCGGAAGGUCGCGUCCUGGGCCAAGGAGGUGGGCCUGCAGACCAACCUCAGCAAGAUGAACCAGACUGGAGCAGCCGGGCGUUCUCCACUCAACUACCGGCUGGCCAAGAAGCUGGUGUUCAAGAAGGUGCGCAAGGCGCUGGGCCUGGACCGCUGCCUGCGCUGCUACACGGGGGCGGCGCCCAUCACCAAGGACACGCUGCAGUUCUUCCUCAGCCUGGACGUGCCGCUCUACGAGCUGUACGGCAUGAGCGAGAGCUCGGGCCCUCACACCAUCUCUCUGCCCGACGCCUUCCGGCUCACCAGCUGUGGGAAGGAGAUUGAAGGCUGCAAAACGAAGAUCCACAACCCGGACUUGGAGGGCAUCGGGGAGAUCUGCUUCUGGGGGCGCCACCUGUUCAUGGGGUACCUGAACCAGUACGAGCGCACCGAGGAGGCGCUGGACGCAGAGGGCUGGCUGCACUCGGGCGACCUGGGGAAGCACGACGACAACGACUUCCUCUUCAUCACCGGGCGCAUCAAAGAGCUCAUCAUCACGGCCGGAGGGGAGAACAUCCCCCCGGUUCCCAUCGAGGACGCGGUGAAGGAGAUGGUGCCGCUGGUCAGCAACGCAAUGCUGAUCGGAGACAAGAGGAAGUUCCUGUCCAUGCUGCUCACCGUCAAGGGCCAGCUGAACGAGGAGACGGGCGUGCCGACCGACGAGCUGACGGCGGAGGCCGUGGAGGUGUGUCAGCGGCUGGGCAGCUCCGCCACGCGGGUUGUCCCGAGGUGUGCGGCCGGGCGCGACCGCGCCGUGCACGCCGCCAUUCAGGAGGGCUCAACCCGCGUCAACGAGCGCGCCGCCUCCAACGCCCAGCGGGUCCAGAAGUGGGUGGUGCUCGACCGAGACUUCUCCAUCAUCGGGGGCGAGCUCGGCCCUACGAUGAAGCUGAGGAGGCCAGUGGUGAUGAAGAUGUAUAUGGAACAGAUUGACAGUUUCUACAAAGAGGUGGCGACUCCCAGCACCCCCGACAACCCCCUGUCAAAAUAAGAGCCCCCCGUCACAGCCCACCAGCCCAAUAAGAGCCCCCCGUCACAGCCCACCAGCCCAAUAAGAGCCCCCCGUCACAAGCCCACCAGCCCAAAGAGGGAGCCCCCGUCACAGCCCACCAGCCCAAAGAGGGAGCCAGAGGCCACAGAAGGUGGAUCCCCCCCCACCCCGAAGGUUAUGAAGGAAAGAUCCACAAGCCAUAAAACCUAUGGGAUCUUUGUUGUUGCUUUGUUUUUGUGUUUAUUUUGAGUUAUCCAUAAGCUGAGGACAACUAUUUAUUUAUUAUUGUGGGGCGGUAAUAUCCUAUCGAUGAAGUAGUCACAGCUGUAUGUAAGAAUAUACAUUGUUUACUUUACUGUAACACUUGAUUUGCUUGAGUAUCCAAAAAAAGAAAAGUCUUGGUUUUUGUCCUUCAAAGCUUUACUCGCCAAAGUCCAAAACAAUCUUACAGAGGCAAAUAUGCUGAUGCAAAAGAUACCGUUUAAAAACCUAUUGAACAAAAGUUAAUUGACAAAUGUUUACAUGUUUAGUGUUAACUGGCCUUAAGCAGGAAGAGGGCGUUGUGAUACAGCACUGAGGAGAUAUAUCGUUGUUCUAUUUAUUGCUUCUGUCUUACUGUCGUCCUCAAGGCUCUGAAGAAGCAGAGCCAUGAAGUCUGUCCGUCAGGGAAUCAGUAACGGUUUGGCCAAUUCAGGACGUUUAACAAUGUAACUGUUGGCAUUCAGACUAUACCCUUAUAGUAAACCAUUGAGGCUACACACACACACAGUACACAGUCAGAACCAGCCAGCAGCCUGUGUCUUAUGUUUCAGAUAUGGGAUGUGUGUAUGCUGAUUUUCUGCACAUUGAUAUUCCAACCCUAUGGUGUGUGGUGUUCGAAAAGUCAUUUUAAUGAUUAUCAUUCUGUGUAAAAAAUGACUGUGAUUUGUUAGAUAUUGUAUAUAUGUUUUUUGUCUACAUACUCAGCCUUUUCUCAUGUUCUUGUUAAUUUGAUUGGGUUCAUGUGGAGUGAUCAUCAGCUUUAUGUUCCAGACCUGAUGCUCUGAAUCCUUUUAUGGUGCACAUAAGAAUAUUUAACGAAAACUGCGCAUUUGCGAUUCCUUGCUAAUGGCGCUGUACAUGGCUUUACUUUCUUUGUUAUUUCUUCCAAUUGGAAGCCAACUAGACUUGGAAACGACUACAAAAGUCCUAUAGAAAUAGUGCCGUUAUUUAUUCUGAGCAUGGCCACAUGAAGGCCGGAGCAGCGAGUCUAGCGAGGAGGAGACCCAGAGGGUAUGAGCCCCAGAGGGUAUGAGCCCCAGAGGGUAUGAGCCCCAGAGGGUAUGAGCCCCAGAGGGUAUGACGGCGACCCAAGCCGCAGGUAGUGAACUCUACGUCGGGCUCCAAACAUAUUGGACUCAUGGAGCUGGUUCAGCCCGAUCCUCUGGCAUUCUCAGAUCAGAACGUGCUUGUAGAUCUAUACCUGCUGCUCAGCUUGAAGAAACAUGCUGUAUGUGAACAAUGAAUUGCCGUACGCUAUAUAUAUAUAUAUAUAUAUAUUAAACGCAUCUCUCACCUAUGGA